CUAGCUGGGUCUCGGAGCCGAUGACGCUUAUGGUAUGUCAUUGGAACGCCAAGCAAUUUUAUCAACAAACAUCACCCCUGAAAAAAAACAAGGCUUCCAUACAUAAGCAUCUCUAAAUUGGUGGUUCCUGCAUUCGAUCAACCGGAUAAUUACCUUAUAUCAAUAUAUACAGUCAACACUUCCGACUAUGGCAGGGGUGCUUUUGAACAUCGACUGGCGGUCGUUAUUAGGUAGAGAUGCCUCUCCCGCGACCGAACCUGAGCUUGAGCCCGAACCCGUGUUCGAGCCUGUGUUCGAGCCUGUGGAAGAACCCGCGUUGGAACCCGCGUUAGAGGAGCCCGUGCCCGUGCCUACGCCCGAGAUAGCCACAUCUGAGAUUAUCGCGCCUGAGGUCGAGGUAAACUUCGAGCCUUUGCAUCCGUACUAUCCCUUAGGCGUGACUAUCCCGGGCUACGCGUCUAAUGAAGCAUCUGUCCCUGUGCUGCUAGCAUCACUGAGUGGCAUGGUAGUAUUUACACUCCUAGGGGCUUCCGCGAUAGCAUUAAGGAUAAACCCGAAAUUGACAAAGACAAAUUUGAUUCGGUUUUGCUGGUUUAUUUUGAAUGGUUGUUUGCACUGCUUUUUCGAAGGAUACUUCGUCUUCAAUCGUGCCACCGUUGCGUCGUCACAAAACGUAUUCGCCCAGCUAUGGAAGGAGUACGCGCUGUCGGACUCGCGUUACCUGACGUCCGAUUUCUUCGUUCUGAGUAUUGAGAGUCUCACGGUGUUUAUCUUGGGACCUCUCUGCUUCGCUAACGCCGUUGCUAUUGUUCGAGGGAGCCCUACCCGGCAUGCGCUUCGCAUUGUCGCGUGUAUAGCACACCUGUACGGCUUGGCUUUAUAUUACGCUACAAGCCUCUCCGAGAUUUACUUCACGGGCCACUCCCACAGCCGUCCCGAAACCCUAUACUUUUGGGUUUACUUCGUUGGGUUUAACUUACCGUGGGCCAUCAUCCCGGCAGUUCUCUUAUACGAUAGCGUUAGAACUAUAACCACGGCGAUAGGAGCCUUGGAAAAGGUAGAUGUCACUCUAAGUGCUUAUCACCGUAGACAGGGCGGGGUAAACGGUGUUUCCGAGCCUAAAAAGACAAGGUGAAAUUGGGUAGUAAUUGGGUUAAAGAUGACUGGCGAAUCGUUCUAUAGAGUAAUGAGCCCCGGCGUGUAAAUUGCUACGUUAUUGUAAGAUUUCUUGGUGGAUUUUUAUAAAAUUCCAUGUACUCUUCGUCCAACAAAUCAGUAUCGCUUAAACAAAAGAAAUGUGGUUGAGUUUUGCCCAUUAAGAUAGGUAGAUAUAUUAUGCUGGCGGUGAACUGUGCUGGCUUACUCUGAUUCUAU